AUGACCAUUACCUCAAUGGCCGAGCCCGGAGCCAAGUGGAAAGGCGGUAGCCACGAAGGGAUGACGUUAUUCAAUGACCCGCAUGUCUUGGUCCAGGACUUUGACCCGUCCCCUCGCGCGAAGGCGGCGCGGAACGCGGGUUCCUGGCGGGAUGGCUCCUUCCCGAUGAGCCAGCGUAGCUUCCCGCCAUCCUUCUGGAACAGCACGUACCAGCCUUCCUCAGUCCCAGCCACCCUGAGCAGCCCCUUGGCAGCUGCCACCCACAGCGAGCUGCCCUUCACCGCCGCCGCCGACCCCUACGCGCCCGCCUCCCUGCACGGCCACCUGCACCAGGGGGGCCCCGAGGCCUGGCACCACGCUCACCACCAUCACCACCACCACCAUCACCACCCCUACAUCGGGACACAGAGCACUGCCUACCCCCGCCCUGCUGCCAUGCACGAGGUCUACGGGCCCCAUUUUGACCCCCGCUACAGCUCUCUCCUGGUGCCCACCGCCUCUGUCCGCCCCCACCGCCUCACCCCUGCCUCUGUGCCCACACCAGUCAGCCCCCCCUGUGAACUGGGCAAGAGUGAGCCGGGCACUGCAGCUGCCUGGACGACGCCAGGACCCUUCCCCAGCGCCGCGGGGGACAUGGCACAGAGCCUCGGCCUCAAUGUGGACACAGCUCAUCGUUACUCCUUCUGUGGUGGAUCCCUUCUGAGCUGA